UUCCAUUCGAUCCCAUCUGUCUGCAGUCCAGCUCCAAUGCUGAUCAUGGAGGGGCUCAAGCCCUUCCGAGUUUGACUAUUAAAGCUUCCUGCGCCGCUCUUUUGCCAUCAUCCUCAACCUAUCUCUUCCUCUCUUCCUCCUCCUUCUCACCGUCCCUUCACUCCCCCGCCCUAUAUCCAAUCUACCCCCGUCUUCAGCACCAUGGCCACCGCAACCGUCACCGCGCUCGAGAAGCCCAACAUCGGUGUCUACACCAACACCAAGCAUGACCUGUGGGUCGCGGAAUCCAAGCCUACGCUGGAGGAAGUGAAGAGCGGCGAGAGUCUGCGGCCGGGGGAGGUCACCAUCCAAGUCCGCAGCACUGGAAUUUGCGGAUCCGACGUGCACUUCUGGCACGCCGGCUGCAUCGGCCCGAUGAUCGUGACGGGCGACCACAUCCUGGGCCACGAGUCGGCGGGCCAAAUCAUCGCCGUCGCGCCGGACGUCACCUCCCUCAAACCGGGCGACCGGGUCGCCAUCGAGCCCAACAUCAUCUGCAACGCGUGCGAGCCCUGCCUGACGGGGCGGUACAACGGGUGCGAGCGGGUGCAGUUCCUAUCGACGCCGCCGGUGGACGGGCUGCUGCGGCGGUACGUGAACCACCCGGCGAUCUGGUGCCACAAGAUCGGGGACGAGAUGAGCUACGAGGACGGGGCGCUCCUGGAGCCGCUGAGCGUGUCGCUGGCGGCGAUCGAGCGCAGCGGGCUCCGGCUGGGCGACCCGUGCCUGAUCACGGGCGCGGGGCCCAUCGGGCUGAUCACGCUGCUGAGCGCGCACGCCGCGGGCGCCACCCCCAUCGUGAUCACCGACAUCGACGAGAGCCGGCUGCAGUUCGCGCAGUCCCUCGUGCCGGGCGUCCGCACCUACAAGGUCGACACCAAGAAGUCCGCCGAGGAGAACGCCGCCGGCGUGAUCCGCGUGUUCAACGACGCAGACUCAAACUUUGACAUCGACGGCCCGACCACCCUCCGCCCGCGCAUCGCCCUCGAGUGCACCGGCGUCGAGAGCAGCGUGUGCUCGGCCAUCUGGAGCGUCAAGUUCGGCGGCAAGGUCUUCGUCAUCGGCGUCGGCAAGAACGAGAUGACCAUCCCCUUCAUGCGCCUCAGCACCCAGGAGAUCGACCUCCAGUACCAGUACCGCUACUGCAACACCUGGCCCCGCGCCAUCCGCCUCGUCCGCAACGGCGUCAUCAACCUCCACAAGCUCGUCACCCACCGCUUCGCCCUCGAGGACGCCCUCAAGGCCUUCGAGACCGCCGCCAACCCCCGCACCGGCGCCAUCAAGGUCCAGAUCAUGAGUUCCGAGGAGGAUGUCGCCGCUGCUUCCGCUGGUCAGAAGCUGUAGUCGAACCACCCUUCACGAAAGAAAUGAAAAUGAAAUCGCCUGCUUUUAGUUAUGUGUGUGUGUGUGUGUGUUUAUUUGCUUUGGUUUGGUUUCAGGGUACUUAGAG